AUGAAAGAAAUAAUGGUCCUUGGAGGCGGUGGGGUUGGCACCAUGGCCGCUGUGAACCUUCAAUGCGGUCAGAAGGCAGCUGUGACGAUGGUUCUACGUUCGAACUACAAUCGCGCUGUGGAAGAUGGCUAUCACAUUACAUCGGUCGAUCAUGGGGAAAUUGUUGGAUGGCGCCCAACAACUGUCCUGAAUCGCGUACCAGAGCAUACCGGGAAACCCUUUGACUUUGUUGUGGUCACUACGAAGAACAUCCCAGAUGCCUAUCCGACAGUUGUCCACUUGAUAAGGCCAGCAAUUGUUCCCGGCAAAACCGUUAUCGUGCUGAUACAAAACGGUUAUAACAUUGAAAAGCCCAUUUUCGAGGCUUUUCCCCAAAACAAAUGUCUUUCAGGCGUUAGCAUGAUCACCUGUCGCGAACUUGAACUCGGUGUCAUUGAUCAAGACGGAGAAGACCAACUUGCCAUUGGAGCAUUUUGUAAUCCCAAUCUCUCCUGGGAAGAUCAAGUCCAAACAGCCCACGAAUUUGUGGAUAUCUACAGCGCUGGCGGAAAGACCAAUUGCAACUACGAUGCAGAUUUUAACUUCUCCCGAUGGAGGAAGCUGGUGAAUAACGCAUGUCUGAACACCAUCUGCGCGCUCACGGAUCUGGAUACAGGCCGGAUCAGACUCGCCGGUGGUCUUGUCGACAACCUUAUUCGGCCUGCAAUGCAAGAGGUCCUGGCAGCUGCGAGGGCCUGUGGCGUUACCUUGCCAGAUGAUUUGAUUGACUUCAUGCUUGAGGCAGAUCCACUGGAUCUCUACAUUGCUCCGAGUAUGCUUGAGGAUGCCAGAAAGGGAAAUUUGGUCGAAGUUGAGGUGAUUUUGGGUGAGCCAUUGCGAGAGGGACUUGCUAGAAAUAUCCCGAUGCCCAACCUGACUGUAGUCUAUCAUCUACUGAAGGCACUUCAGUGGGGAAGAUUGGAGAAACGGGGCGCUAUCGAGAUUCCACCAAAGCGGGUGUGCUAA